UUCUGCCUUUUGACCGUCUUUUUGCUGCAGGCGCUGCCACAGCCAGAAAAGUGGACGUUUCGGGAUGUUUUUUUCCUCCUGGCCAGAGAUAGCGGGACUGCGGUGAAAGAGGGACGGACGUUUGGUCACCAAGGAAGAGAUACUGGAGAUACCUAGUCAUGCAAUGGCUUUUGAAGACAUACCAAAAAAGGAUUGGUAUAGUGUCUUGGAUGCAGGACCCUCAGACAGUUUAACAGAAUUGAAAAGGAAAUAUCAAAGGCUAAUAUUGUUGUAUCAUCCAGACAAACAGAGCACAGAUGUGCCAGCAGGAGAAGCGGAGGCGCGCACACAGAGGUUCAUCGAAAUUGAUCGAGCAUGGAAAAUUCUAGGAAAUGAAGAGACAAAAAAAGAGUAUGACCUGCAGCGGCAUGAGUAUGAAUUAGAACAAGAAUGGCCAGUGGAUACUCAGGUUUCACUUGAAGAUAUGACCUGGAAUCACAAUGAUUACUGUUAUUCUUUCAUAUGCCGAUGUGGUGGAAAAUACAUUGUUUCCAAAAAUGAAGUUGAAGAUGUUUCGCUAGUAAACUGUGACACAUGUUCACUACUUAUAGAAAUUAUCUGAGGUGCCAUCCAGGAAAUACACCAUGCAGCUGGAUAGUCUGAAAAGUUUAAUAUGCUAAUAUAGAAAGCGGUAAAAAACUGUACAAUAAAUCUUACGUUUAAAACGAA